CUGCAGCUCGCGCUCACACUGACGGAUUGGGAGAGAGAGGGGCGCGCGCAGGGACCGAACGGAGGAAAAAAGCGAACGUGAUCUGAGCUCUGUGAUGUGUUUGGGGAGCUCGCGAGCUCGACAAAAGACUGCAUCGGAAGGAAAUUCGGUUUUCCGAGAGUAGACGCAAAUUUCGUGGUGGCGUGAGGUCGAAGCCAGGAGAUUAUCCCGGAGAAGAGCGAGCCGCAACGGGCUGGAAACGGAGCACCAAUCCCGGAUGGCUAGGCGCGGCUGCUCGGGCUCUUUCCCACCCUGACCCGGCGGAGACACUCCUUGAGGACAGUGUCGAGGCUCCGGGGACUGCACAUGUGAGCAAGCUGUCACCCUACGCUCUCCCUCACGUUCUGGACGGUUUCAGCCGAAACGGGAUUUUUAGGGACCGACCAUAAACAAACAGCGGCUCGGGUGGGAGAGAGUAUCCUCACAAGGGUGUGUGUGUGUGUUGUAAGUGCGUUUCUUGAAGCUAAUACAGAUCAAUUAGCUAUUUGGUUAACGUGUGUGUUCGGAUAUGGCUGGGUUAGUCUGAGAGUGAAGCGGCAUUAUGGGAUGUAACAGGACUGUGCAGUGACCCCGCUCAUUGGAAGGAAACAUUCUGUGUACAAGAGCAGAAACAGCCUGAAUAACCUAAACACACACGCACACACACAUCCUCUCUCAGCACGCACACACACCCCACAGACAUGCCUGUGUUUAAUGGCGUGUUGAAGGUGCGUGUGUGUGAGGCUGUGGACCUCAAGCCCACCCCAUGGGCCCUGCGUCACGCUGUAGGGAAGAGUGGCUCCUUCCUGCUGGACCCCUACCUGGCCUUGAACCUGGACCAGACUCGACUGGGCCAGACGGCCACCAGAACCAAGACCAACAGUCCAUCCUGGCACCAGGAGUUCUGCACCGAAGUCCGUGAAGGAAGGAGCCUGGAGCUGUCGGUUUUCCACGAUGCUCCCAUUGGAUAUGAUGACUUUGUGGCCAACUGCACCAUCCAGUUGGAGGACCUGCUGCAGAACGGAACCAGGCACUAUGAAGACUGGAUUGACCUGGAGCCAGAGGGGAAGGUGUACGUAGUCAUCGAUCUGUCCGGAUCAUCCACUGAGGCAUCGGGAACAAACGAAAAUGAGGAGAGGGUGUUUCGAGAGAGGAUCGGUCCUCGCCGGCGGCAGGGCGCUGUCCGAAGACGCGUCCACCAAGUCAAUGGACACAAGUUCAUGGCCACCUACCUGAGACAGCCGACCUACUGCUCACAUUGCAGAGAUUUUAUCUGGGGUGUGCUGGGAAAGCAGGGCUACCAGUGUCAGGUGUGCACGUGUGUCGUCCACAAGCGCUGCCAUGAGCUCAUCAUCACCAAGUGUGCUGGGAUGAAGAAGCAGGAAGACACAGCCGAGGAGGUGGGUUCACAGCGGUUCAGUGUUAAUAUGCCCCAUAAGUUCAGUAUCCACAACUACAAGGUGCCCACUUUCUGCGACCACUGUGGCUCUCUGCUGUGGGGCCUCAUGAGGCAGGGUCUGCAGUGUAAAGUGUGUAAGAUGAAUGUGCACAGGCGCUGUGAGACUAAUGUAGCUCCUAACUGUGGUGUGGAUGCCAGAGGGAUUGCUAAGGUCCUAUCUGACCUGGGAGUCACACCUGAUAAAAUCUCCAACACUGCACAGCGCAGGAGGAAGUUGACUCCAGGGCAGGACCCUCCCCAGUCUCCUCCUGAGCUCUCUCAGAUGGAGGAGAACAGCUUCAGCCAGCCGGCUGUCCCCACCUCCCCCUCCCAGCAGGACUUGGCAGAGUUAGAUCGCCUGCAGGACGCACUGUCACUCGACCAGCAGGGACCCCAGAACUCCUCUUCCUCCUCCUCCACCAACUCCUCAUCGUCCUCCUCCUCAGCAGUGAGGGAGAAUGGACAGAUCCAGAGGAGGACCCUCAAGGACUUCAAUUUCAUCAAAGUUCUCGGAAAAGGCAGCUUUGGCAAGGUGAUGUUGGCGGAGCUGAAGGGGUCUGAGGAGGUUUAUGCUGUCAAAGUUUUAAAGAAAGAUGUGAUCCUUCAAGAUGAUGACGUGGACUGCACCAUGACAGAGAAACGCAUCCUGGCCCUUGCCCGCCGCCACCCCUACCUCACCCAGCUCUACUGCUGCUUCCAGACUCGGGACCGUUUAUUCUUUGUAAUGGAAUAUGUGAACGGAGGAGAUCUGAUGUUCCAGAUUCAGCGAUCUAGGAAGUUUGAUGAACCUCGCUCUCGUUUCUACGCUGCAGAAGUUACGUCAGCUCUAAUGUUCCUGCACCGUAACGGAGUCAUAUACAGGGACCUGAAGUUGGACAACAUCCUUCUGGAUGCAGAGGGACACUGCAAGCUGGCAGACUUUGGAAUGUGCAAAGAGGGCAUCAUGAACGGAGUGACUACCACCACCUUCUGUGGCACACCUGAUUACAUCGCUCCUGAGAUCCUGCAGGAGCUGGAGUACGGAGCCUCAGUGGACUGGUGGGCUCUUGGAGUCCUGAUGUAUGAAAUGAUGGCAGGACAGCCUCCAUUCGAGGCCGAUAACGAAGACGACUUGUUUGAGUCGAUUCUCCAUGACGAUGUCCUCUAUCCUGUGUGGCUCAGCAAAGAGGCAGUGUCCAUACUUCGAGCGUUCAUGACUAAGAACCCGGCCAAGCGUCUGGGCUGUGUGGUGACCCAGGGCUGCGAGGAGGCCAUCAAGACCCACCCCUUCUUCAGGGAGAUCGACUGGGUUCUGUUGGAGCAAAGAAAAGUCAAACCGCCAUUUAAACCCCGGAUUAAAACCAAACGAGAUGUGAAUAACUUUGACCAGGACUUCACUAAGGAGGAUCCUGUCCUGACGCCCACAGACGAGGCCAUCAUCCGACAGAUCAACCAGGAAGAGUUCAAAGACUUCUCCUACUGCGCUCCUGAGGAGACACACACCUAACACACACACACACACACACACACACACACACACACACACACACACACACACACACACACACCAAUGAAACAACAGCAAAGCUGGCAUGCUUACACUCAGUAGAACCAUAAAACCUUCUACAAAAACAUGCUCAAUGGUCAAUGAGUCUUUUUCUUUGAAGCUAUUGGUUGCUGUUACCGUUGGAAUAUUAUUUACUUGCAUUGUGUUGUUCUUGUUGCCCGGGUUUAUUGUGAAUAUGACUAUAAAGUUAAAUAUGAAUAUGCUCACCUCUCACACACACCUGUACCUAUUUAACAACUCUUGACAUGCUCACUCACACCCACAAGGUCACACACACACUUACACCGCUUCUCUCUCUGGCACCUGAACACAUGCGGACUGACGGUGCUGAGGCCUGUAAAUAGCCCGUGUUGAGUGGCUGUAUCGUGUCGGUAUCGUCUGCUAGUAAAGGGGCGUUGUGGCGCAUGGACAAGCACCCUACCUGUGUUAUUACUGCCCUUAUCGUGGACCAGUUAGGGCCAAAUAUCUUUGUGCAAUACCAUGACUAUCUAUAUAUUUUAAGGGGUUUUUUUUGUUCAUGUUGUUUGUUUCUCCUCUUAAUGUAUUUUUUGUUGCUGGAAUGAAGGAAUGGAACGUUUGUCUCACUGUUGCGGUGUCUGAGCUCCUUCCCUCUGUAUAUAAAGUGAAUGUUACAGGCUAUUGAACUAAUUAUGUGGAGCAGAGUGUUACAGGCGACCCGUGUAGCAGUGCAAACUCCCGACGUUUCAUCCAUCUGUCAGCUUCAGUCCACCCUCCUGUCCUGCUGGUGUGAAUGUGUUGGCCCAGGGGCGUUAGCUCUCUCUGUUUUUUUUUUCUUUGUAUUGUGAAUGCACUUUUUUGUGUGCAUGAAUGUGAGAAUUACUUUUUCCUCCAUGUCAUAUUGUGUUUGUAUUUUUGUCCUCCACCUGCUCCUUUCCUGCCUCUAGCAGCCGUUUUCUCGCCACCUCUUUCAGACAGAACCACUAGCUUGUCUUACUUUUGCUUAUUUUUUCAGAAUGGCUUUCAUUUCUUAUUGCUUUCUCUUUUUUUAUUAUUAUUAUGAUAAUUAUUAUUAUUGUAAAGUGUAUCUGGAGGAAACCUUUUCUGUAUAAUACUAUAACUGCACCAUUAUAGGUCUGUUACAGCCGGUUGUUAUGAAAUGUGGAGAACCAGCAGCUGACUUACCUCUCACUUCAAACAUACACAAACUCCCUCCUUCGCUCCCUCCCUCUCUUUCCCUUUCAGUCUCUCUCUCUCUUGCAAACACAUGCACACACAGAGAAGGACUGUUGUACUGUACAGUGAUCUGAGGACGGGCUGGUUGCAGUCUUUGCAGUAGAGUCAGUGUGUAGUGAAGCUUCGUGCACCCAGGGGUAUGGCUGUUCCUGGUCACACUAUCUUACUCUGUGCCAAAAUGUAGUGAAACAGCCGGGCUUGUCCCGUCUGGUCCGAUUCCAAUAAAACACUGAGCUGUCUACAUCAA